CAGCCAGCUGUACUUCAAAGCACGCGCUCACUAUACAACUCGAGUAGAGAGAGUAAAGCUUCAGCGCACUGUCCCUCAGUCACACUGGAACACUGAGUCAUUGUUCUCUUCAACUAGCUGUCUAGGAAAGGCCCUGGAUAUGGCUACGUCUAUACUUGGGGAAGAGCCGCGGUUUGGAACUACCCCUUUAGCGAUGCUGGCUGCAACCUGCAACAAAAUUGGCAACACCAGUCCCCUCACGACUCUACCCGACUCCAGUGCGUUUUCCAAAGGCGGAUUUCAUCCCUGGAAAAGAUCCUCGUCGAGCUGCAACUUGGGCUCCAGCCUGCCCGGAUUCACAGUCGCCACAAGCCGAAGCACCUCCGGACUAACGACCACCACCGGCACGGGUAACAGCGCUUUCUGUCUGGCCUCGACCUCGCCAACCUCCUCCGCGUUCUCCGCCGAAUACAGCAGCUUGUUCUCCAACACGGCGAGCGUUUCCUCGCAGGAGUCAGGACAGUCCGCCUUCAUUUCCAAAGUUCACUCCUCGGCAGAGACUCUAUAUCCGCGGGUCGGCAUGGCGCACCCUUAUGAAUCGUGGUACAAGUCCGGCUUUCACUCCACCAUCUCGGGCGAGGUGGCCAACGGCGCGUCCACGUGGUGGGACGUGCACACGAACCCGGGCUCGUGGCUCGAGGUUCAAAACCCGGCCGGCACUUUGCAAAGUUCGCUGCACUCCGGAACCCCACAAGCCAUCCACUCCCAGCUCAGCGGCUACAAUCCGGACUUCUCCAGCCUCACGCACUCGGCGUUCAGCUCCACCGGCAUCAGCCCCACGGCGUCCCACCUCCUGUCGACCAGCCAACACCUGUUGACGCAGGAAGGAUUCAAAACUGUGAUCCCCACUUACACGGACGCGUCGGCCACAAACGCUAUGAUAUCCGGCGCCAGCUCGGGCAUCGGGACCUCGUCCAGGUCGUCCAGGAGAUACUCCGGACGGGCCACAUGCGACUGCCCGAACUGCCAGGAGGCGGAGCGGCUCGGGCCUGCGGGCGCCAGCCUACGGAGGAAAGGACUUCAUAGCUGUCACAUCCCGGGCUGCGGUAAAGUCUACGGGAAAACGUCUCACCUCAAAGCGCAUCUGAGGUGGCACACCGGCGAGAGGCCCUUUGUGUGCAACUGGCUUUUUUGCGGCAAACGUUUCACCAGGUCAGACGAGCUCCAGAGGCACCUGCGCACUCACACGGGCGAGAAGCGAUUUGCUUGCCCGGUGUGCAACAAGCGCUUCAUGCGGAGCGACCACUUGAGCAAACACAUCAAAACACACACCGCUGGAGGUGGAGGCAAAAAGGGCAGCGAUAGCGACACCGACACCAGCAACCUGGAGACCCCCAGGUCUGAGUCCCCCGAACUGAUUUUAGAGGGUGUAAACCCGCGGGUCACGGUCAAAGACCAGUCUCCACACCACGAGUCCUGAGGCAUUUUCCUCCUAGGCGAAUCGAGAAAAAAGGAAACGGGUCUGGAGUAUGUGACAAACUCUCCAUUUCUCAGAAAAGCGAUCGAGACACUGCAUUGGAAAACGCAAAUUCAGUGCGACACUGGCUAUUUCUGCUCCGCACAGACGAACGCCUCAGCUUUCCGGACGAUAAAGUCUUGUCAAGGCUCAGUGUUUUAACGGCGGACAUUUGAUGUGGAAUGAGUGGGCAAAAGAGGGAACUAAAUAACCACGGCCGCCGGUUGAGCUAAUUGUGUACAUAUAUCCACAAAAAUAACAUGUUAUUUUUCCCUGUAAAUGUUACUUAUGAUUGUUUUGUGGUGGAUCCUGAAAUUCAGGGAAUUUUCUUUCCUUUCGACGCACUUUGUGGAUGUCAGUAUGUAUGUUACACAGCUAUUUAAAAUUCAUUUAACCUUUCCUUUACCUUGCUAAAAAAUAUAUAAAUGUUUAAUUGUAUAAAGUCACGCUUAUAAGGCUUUCAUUUUGUAAUUAAAGGGAUUUAAAAUCUAAAGCUUGGGUUGUCUGAUGCAAAUGUUUUCAUCAAAAUUAUCUGAAUCCAACUGAGGCUAUACAAUCGCUCAAAGCCAAAUGCGCAUAAUUAUUACGAAUAUAUAUUUACAUUUUGGGGUAAAAAAAAAAAAAAUAAUAAUAAUAAUAAUAAUGCAGACUAAACAUCGGUAUUUUUUCCCAUUGGGGUAAAUCAAUAGUUAAUGCCCCGGAAAGGCAUUUUUGUCCAAAUGAAAAUCUUGUUAAAUAGUAUUAAUUAUGACUUGGAGCACAUCGCAGCCCCAUGUGUCUUGUAUUGGCGAUUAGGGAUUCGUGUCUUAUCAAAUAUCUAAUUACUCUCCGAGACAUCAUUUGUUCAGCAGCUCUUUAUCGCACAUUUUCCGAGGGGAUUCAGUGACAAAGGGCCUCUGAAUAUUUAUUUGAAUUGCUCAAAUUAACUGCUUAAAUUUGCAUGUCAAACGGAAAAUGUCCAUCCGAGAGAGGGCUGAAGGCAUAAAGCAUCGUUUAGCUUUUAUAAAACGCUACACUUGAUUUGGUGUUAUGAGAACAGUUUUCCCCCCUUCUUUCUUUCUUUUUUUUUUUCUUGCCUUUUCUGGAUGCCACUUUUGAAAGGGGAAAUUGGGAGAGGCCUUAUGCAAAUGUUGAAUUUAAAAUGCUCUCGCAGUCAAAUGGUCUCUGGCUGUUAUUUGAAUAUCAGUGGCCCUGUACUGAAAAGGUUCAAGGAUGCUCUCUGACUUCUUUGUGUUUAUCCAGUGCAGCGUCCGAUCCCACAAAACCCGGCGGAAUAAUUACAGCUCGAGCCCUGCCUGGGAACUCGUUAGGGAACUGCAAACGCUUUCUGUGCUACAAGGUAAAUUGACCAGAAGGCAAUAGACUAAAAUUAUUUUCAUUUCCUUUUGUGUGCUGGUUGCCGCAGUAGCCUAUUCAGGAAAAAAAAAAAAAAAUACACAAAUAGAAAAUGGUCCAUUAUCAUUUAAUGACCUCAUGAAAAACUGAUAACAUUUUGCAAAUAACGAAUAAAAAAAAUAUGGAUAGUUUAUAGCUAAAUCAUUAAACUGUGGUCAAAUAUCUAGGGUUUAAAAAUAGCUAGAUAAAUACAACAAAAAUGCAAUUUCCGUCUUACAACAAUUUAGGCGAUGUUUUCUCCGGCGUGCAGAACACAAUUCUCAGUCUUUUAAAAGUUAAUGUAGGAUGCGACGAUUUUAUUGCACACAAUUCAAAAUUUGUGUUACGGAAAUGAGCGCUAUUUGGGCGUGAAGGUAUUCACGAGCACGCUUUACAAUUAUAUGGUUCUAUUAAGGUUUACAAACGGGAGCUUAUACAUGGACAAGAUCUAAGUGCUUUUCAGUCUUUUGGAAGGGAAUGAUGCGCCUGGGGUUGCGGACAGUAGCGCUGUCACUCACGGCCUUUUGUUCGCGUUUUUCUGGAAUGCCCUCUGACUGCGCGCGAGGCAGAAGUCAGCUUUGUUUGCGCGCGGUAAUAAAAGAGUGAUCAAAGAGGAGCGCCGCUCCGGCCGCAGCGCGGGAAACUCAGCCGUGACGGUGAUGCGAGUUUCCCGCGCAACCUCCUCUUUCAUCUCCCUUUUGGUUAGAAAAAUGUCCAUCAAGCGCAGAUCAUGUUUACAAAUUAAAUGAUUAUAAAUUAUUAUAUAUCAAUGAUUCACUUUAGCGAAUGCUAAUGUUUUACUGUCACAUUUAGUGUUCACAUGUUUUCCAGUGAAAAGCAGAAACUAAAGUAGUCAGUGUUUAUAUUCCCUUAAUAAAAAAUAAUUUAAUUGCAAUUGAAUCGAAUUUUGAUACCUCAGAGCCACACUUGAUGAAGUGAGGGUUUGUUAUUUCGCGCGAGUUGGUUAAUGACUAUGUGCUCGAUUAAUGUGAUGUAUUUCAGGCAUUAAAAAUCAUGUUGGUCAUACGUGUAUAAAGUAAUGUAACACUGUAAAUUUUAGAUGCCAGUUUUCUCAUGUAUUUUCAGUUUUGAACGCCACCACUUCUACAUGAGGAAUAGAAGCGUUGGAUUUUGUAUUCGGUUAUAUUUAACUAUCAGUUGCCAAUUUGAGAGUCGUUAAACAUGGCUAAUUCGUUUUGUAGCCAAACACAAUAAAAAUAAUAAAUAAGUAAUCCUGAAUUUAUAACAAUCACAACUACCAAAACAGAAGUCCACAAUAAGUGGAAAACUACAAAUCCCUUUUAACUAACUAAUUUCAGUGUUCUAUGAGGUUGAAGAGUUGUAACUGGUAUCAAGUUGUGUAAGACAUUCAUAACACCUGUAUCUUUACAAACGGAUUUAAGAUAAAGAAGGAGCUACAAAAACCAUAAAUCAUAGUUUAAUGAACAAACUGCAAAACAAAUCAUUCAAGGUAUUAUGUGUGGAAUAUACACCCCUUCAAGGAGUCAAACAAACAUUACAUUUGAGGAGGGCUAAAGCUUAGAGAAAAGAGAACAUGUGUAGAAGCAGGACUACAGCAAACAUAUUGAAAACACUGAAAGAAUUGAAAGAAUGAGUCAAACGUCCUUUUAAUUCUAGGUCUAUAACAGGUUCAGUUUCUACAUUCUCAUGGCGCCCUCUUCUGGAGAAAUCCCCAGUGCUGCCCGUCAAUGGAAAACCAUUGGGAAAGCAAACAAUUUACCCAAAACAUUUGAGAUUCUGUCAUCAUUUAGUACCCCUCAUGUCGGUCCAAACUCUAAAGACUCAAACAGAAAAGGAAAUUAAAAAUAUAUCUAUAUUUAAACAUCUCAUUUCGUUACAACAGCAGUUCAGUGACGUCUAUCAAGUUACGAAAAUGAAAAAAGAAUAAAAGCACUAUAGUCCUCUGAAUGUCAUAACUUUGUGACAGACUAACUUUAAAGUCAUCUCUCACUAAAAAAUCCUGCCCUUCGCUAAAGCUCUUGAUACCAAAUAUGACCAAGUGUCAUUGGUUCUCAGGUGACCAAGAGAACUUCAACUAAAAGGGAAUGUUUACAAAAAUAAUGACUUGAAUUUCACUUUUCUGUCACACAAAAAAUAACUUUAAAAGAUGUGUAAUACAGCACAAGAGCCACAUGGACCUCUAUUAAAGGGAUAGUUCACCCAACAAUGAAAAUUCUGUCAUCAUUUACUCACCCUCAAGUUGUUCCAAACCUGUAUGAGUUUCUUUCUUCUGCUGAACACAGAAGAAGAUAUUUUGAAGAAUGUUGUUAACCAGACAGUUGAUGGUAGACAUAGUAUUUUUUUUCUUCCUACUAUGGAAAUCAAUGGCUACAUCAACUGUUUGAUUACCAACUUUCUUCAAAAUAUCUUCUUUUGUGUUCAACAGAAGAAAGAAACUCAUAUGGGUUUGGAACAACAUGAGGGUGAGUAAAUGAUGACAAACUUUUCAUUUUUUGGUGAACUAUCCCUUUAAGGUGCUGCUUUGUCAUUUUGGAGCUAUUAAGGUAUAAUAUACAAAAAAAAAAAAAAAAAAGAA